GGCCGGUGCAGGCAGCGUUCAGCACCAUGGAGAACAGCGUGGUGCACAUCUACAAAGAGGACAGGUGUCCCUCGGGACAGCCGGAGGAGUGCAUCCCAAACUUCACCUGGCAACCCGGCUUAUCGGACGCCUUCAACUACACGCCCAACGGCACCUGGGACGCAGAACCCGAGCCCAUGUCCCCCAUCAUCCCCAUCAUAGUCGCGGUGUAUUCGGUGGUGUUUGUGGUGGGCUUGGCGGGGAAUUGUUUGGUCAUGUAUGUCAUCAUUAGAUACACUAAAAUGAAAACAGCCACCAACAUCUACAUCUUCAACCUGGCCGUGGCCGAUGCUCUGGUCACCACCACCAUGCCCUUCCAGAGCACUGACUACCUGCUCAGCUCCUGGCCCUUUGGCGAGGUGGCGUGCAAAGUGUUUAUCUCCAUCGAUUACUACAACAUGUUCACCAGCAUCUUCACGUUGACCAUGAUGAGCGUGGAUCGCUACGUGGCCGUGUGCCACCCCAUUAAGGCCCUGGAUUUCCGCACACCCGUCAAGGCCAAGAUCAUCAAUGUGAUCAUCUGGGUGCUGUCGUCUGCUGCUGGGAUCCCUGCCAUGAUACUUGGCAGCACCAAGACCAAUAACGGGACUACAGAGUGCGCCCUACAGUUCCCUGAACCCUACAUCUACUGGGACACCCUGAUGAAGAUCUGUGUCUUCAUCUUUGCCUUUGUGGCACCUGUCAUCAUCAUCACUGUCUGCUACACGUUGAUGGUCUUGCGGCUGAAGAGCGUGCGCCUGCUGUCGGGCUCACGUGAGAAGGACCGCAACCUCCGCCGGAUCACUCGUCUGGUGCUGGUGGUGGUUGCCGUCUUUGUGGUGUGCUGGACGCCCAUCCACAUCUUCAUCCUAGUCAAGGCGCUUUCCAGCAACGUACCCGAGACCACUGCCAUCAUGGCCGCCUACUUCUUCUGUGUGGCUCUGGGCUACACCAACAGCAGCCUCAACCCCAUCCUCUACGCUUUCCUGGACGAGAACUUCAAGAGAUGCUUCAGGGACUUCUGCUGCCCCGGCGCCCAAGGACACGCAGACUGUCAAGGUGUGAGCCGGGUGAGGAGCACCUUGCGGGACCACUCAUGUCCCACAGAAGCACGGGGAGAUAUGAGGCAGGCCAGGCCCGUAUGACUAGCCAUGGACAUGUCCUCUUUGCCUUAUCAGGGCUGGGAGGACUCCAAUGACCUGGGAUUGACUCAAAUCACCACUGCCAUCUGAGGGAAAGUCUAAACAGAGGAAUAAUUGUGAUUUAUUCGUCCAAUAGGUUGGUCAGAGAAUCCAAAAGCUUAAAGGAUAAUCUGGUGAUAUUUUUAUUGGGAGAUGGACUUACAAGUUGUUUUUAGUCUUUGUGGCAUUUGUUCACAUUAAGAAAAUAUAACACCAAGUUUAUCCUUUAAAAUUAAGUUUAGAAUAAAAGCCUCUGAGACGGUGAUUGUCCACAUGCGAAGAUGACAGUACUGCUAGAUACUAGUAUUUCAUAGUACAUGAAAUCCCUUCUGAAGAAAAUGAACCUCGAUGUAUUAAAAUUUAUCAUUUUUCACAGCGCUGAUAUCAAAAGAUGAUGAAACACGAG